AUGUACUCUUAUGCUGGAGACGGCGAGCUGGGGGUCGACCCAGCUGCGAUCGAGAACAGUCCAACCCGAGAAACCGGGACAAAUCGCGUUGUGAGGCCAUGGCAGAAGUCGACGGCCAGAUCUUCUGGGUCGACAUUCAAGUCCGAACCCGGGGCCUCCUGGACUCUCAGCCGUGUGGGCCGGGAGGAACCCUGA